AUGAAACGGGUUAAAUUUGGUGUUCAAAUUAACUCUUCAAAAUCUAGUUCAGAUAACGAAGGAUCUGAUCAUAACCAGUGUGAUGCAUCAAAUUUAGAAGAUGACGAGGAAUCUUCUAAUACAGACAGUGAAGUUGAAGAAGAUAUGACACCAGUGACAUUGCUGGAGUAUACAACAGAAGACCAAAACCAGUGUGAUGAAUCAAGCUCAGAAGCUGACGACGAAUCUUCUAAUAAAGAGAGUGAAGAUGAGGAAGAUAUAACACCAGUACCUGUGCUAGAGUAUUGA